AUGGCAACUCCCGAAGAGCAAUUCGGUCAGAUCCUCGCUCUGCUAGGUGAGAACUCGAAGAGGAUCACUGAGUUGAAGACCUCCAUGUCGGAGAUGAGGGCCUUGAGGUCCGAGUUCAACGUUUGGAAGCCCCAGAUGGAUAGCCACGUCGAUGAGCUGGAGCAUGCGGUGCUUGCGCUCGGUGAACGGAUGGAGAAGACGUUGAGCAAUCUUCCUCAAGCUGAACCUGUACCGGGCGUCGUCACCAUCGCGCAACCACCACCUGCUGCGGAGGAGGCCUUGCAGGAUACUGUUGGGAGAGAAACAAGAAAGCAUGAUUAUUCAGCUAUCUCCAGAAGGUACUCUACUGAUAAUGUGAAGACUAGCAGUUUACUUCCUACCAAAUCUUCAACUCAAGUUACUAAAGAUAAGAGGGUGUAUGAUCCUGGAAGGAACAAAACUGUCGAUGAUAGGUUGUCAUCUCUUAAGUCCUACAGAAAAGCAAGGGGUCUGUGUUUUAAAUGUGGAGAGAAGUGGAGCCCCUCUCAUAAAUGUGCAGCAACUGUCUCACUCCAUGCCUUGGAAGAAGUUUGGCAGGUACUCAAUGAAGAUUCCCAUCCAUCUCUUAAGCAAGAUGAAGAAGAGGAGGAAUCUGAUGAUGAGCUUAUGGCCAUAUCCUUGCAAGCAAUGAGAGGUGUUGAAGGAGCUAGAACUAUCAGUUUUCAAGGGCAUACCUUCAAGUCAGACUUCAAGGUUAUUCCUCUCAUUGGGUAUGAUGUUAUAUUAGGGAUGGACUGGUUGUCUGAACAUAGCCCUAUGCACAUUCAUUGGGGUGAAAAAUGGUUGCAGUUUGACCAUCUCAGCAAACCUAUCAAGCUCAAAGGGAUACAACCAUCAGCAACAAUGGGGCCCCCAAUAUCUGCCUCUCAACUGCAAGCAAUGCACAAGAGGGAAUCCAUCUUGUAUAUGGUUCAGCUGAAUUCUAUGUCUGAAGGCAAACCCCCUCCAGAGCCAAUUCCUGCUGAGAUUCAGUCUCUGGUUCAGCAGUAUCAGUCAAUUUUUCAGUCCAUACCUGGCCUUCCACCCCAAAGAGCUAGUGACCAUACAAUACCUCUGGUUUUGGGAGCCCAACCAUUCUGGCUGAGGCCAUAUAGGUUCCACUCCGUAUCCUUGACAGGCGUCUGCACCAAUUUCGUGACCGAAUUAUUCCCCAAGUGUUGGUACAAUGGUCCAACUUUUCCCACCAGUUUUCUACUUGGGAAGAUGAAGCUCCAAUUCGCCAAGAGUUCCCACGAGCACACCGUACACCCUGAAGCUGGAGAUCACUCUGAAGCUGUCCCAGACCGCUCUAAAGUUGAAGCUGUACCUCAGGUUGGCGGAAAUCUUCUGGAAAAGGAGAAAAGGAGUAGAAAGUCCAACACGCGCUUCAUAGGGCCCAAUUGGGUGUAG